UUCCCAUCCAGAACCAAAGCAACACUUCCGGUUUGUGUGUGAAAGGCGGAACAAGAAGCCCAACGGAGGGGGACAAAGGACGGUAGAGUUAACCAAUAUGGAAAUAGCCCCCUGUACUUAGCCAAGUAUCCAGCCACGAUGUCAAAACGACCAUCCUACGCCCCUCCCCCUCCCCCUGCCCCAACAACACAAAUGCCUUCCACCCCAGGGUUUGUGGGCUACAACCCUUACAGCCAUCUGGCCUACAACAACCUCCGGCUGGGAGGGAGCUCCGGAGGCUCCAGCAGGAACUCCUCAGGCGUCACGGUCCCAAAGCCUCCCAAGCCUCCAGACAAGCCACUGAUGCCUUACAUGCGGUACAGCCGGAAGGUAAGCAGGAAGGUAUGGGACCAAGUGAAGGCAUCCAAUCCCGACCUGAAGCUGUGGGAGAUUGGAAAGAUUAUUGGAGGGAUGUGGAGAGACCUGACAGAUGAGGAGAAACAGGACUACCUGAAUGAGUACGAAGCUGAGAAGAUUGAGUAUAACGACUCUCUAAAGGCCUACCACAACUCACCAGCCUACCUGGCCUACGUCAACGCCAAGAACCGCGCAGAGGCCGCAAUGGAGGAGGAGAGCAGACAGAGGCAGAGUCGUAUGGACAAAGGAGAGCCUUACAUGAGCAUUCAGCCCGCCGAGGACCCUGAUGACUACGAUGAUGGUUUUUCGGUGAAGCACACAGCAGCCUCUCGCUUCCAGAGGAACCAUCGGCUCAUCAGUGACAUCCUCAGUGAGAUUGUGGUGCCAGAUGUCCGCUCUGUGGUCACCACGGCCCGCAUGCAGGUCCUUAAGAGGCAGGUCCAGUCUCUCAUGGUGCACCAGAGGAAGCUGGAGGCAGAACUCCUCCAGAUUGAGGAUCGGCACCAAGACAAGAAAAGACGUUUCCUGGAGACCACCGACUCAUUCAACACUGAACUGAAGCGGUUGUGCAGUCAGAAGGUGGAGGUGGACAUGGACAAGCUAGCAGCGGAGAUGGCUGCGGCCGAAGAGGCGGCCAGGCGGCGGGCGGAGGAGAGGGAGCGUGAGGCGGCCGAGCAGGCGGAGAAAGCUGCCCAACAGGCGCAGCAACAGGAGACUGCUGGAAACAAAGCUGCAGAGCAGGGCAGUGCUAAUGCUAGCAGCCCAGCUAACCCAACCUCAGGGACCAAGGAGGAGGACAAGCCCACGCCAAUGGAGACAGAUGAGGCGGUGCCUGCAGAGAACUCCUCAGACUCCCAGCCCGCUCCACCUCCUCCAUCUGACCCCCCCUCCUCUGCCUCUGAUAAAGCCACUUCCCCCCCCGAGCCACCCAGGGAGAGCAGCACCCCGACCAGCAGUGCCCCCAGCGACGACAGCAGCAGCAGCAUGCCCCCCGCUUCCUCAGAGAGCACACCGGGAGCAGCAGCCUCGGCUGUCCCCGACCCCCCGGCGGCCCAGGACGCCAACUCCAGCGCGGCUAACCCUAACGCGCCUGCAGCACCUCCGCCUCCCCCCGCCUCAGAAGAGCCCGCCCCUCCACCGCCGCCACUUCUGCCCCCCAGCCAGGGCAGCCAGCAGUAUGACAUGUAAUAGUGUGUUUGUUAGAUACAGAGUGGUAACUAUAGAGGUCCCCCC